ACGCCUCCCCUCUCUCCUCUUCUCUAACCCCGCCCGCCGGAAUGGCGUUUUCCGACCAGCAGCCGGAAGCCACGUCAUCAUCGUCGCAGGCCAGGCUAUUGGAGAUACGAGAGGAAGAAGAACACUGCUACAACACCCAUGUCUCCAAAUCUCUGAAUCGCCUCGACACAUUCCUGAAAAUCUUCGGCUUGUGCCAGAACUCCAUCUUCACCAUCCUGCUUUCAUGGCUCUGUUUCCUCCUCAUAGCAGUUGCUCUCCCGCUCUUCAUCUUCCGUUUCUUCUACUCUUCCACCCCCAGCAUGUACGAGAUCAAGAGCUUCGAGCUCAAGAUUUUGGCCUUUCAGUCUCUGGUCGAUGCCAUCUCCCUCCUCUGCAUAUCCCACAACCUGCGCAAUUACGACGUCACGAAGUUCCUCUUUGUAGAUCGUUCUCAUGGACACUGUACCCAGCUGGACAGCGAGUACGCCAAAAAAAUCAAUGAUUUCUUCUACCUACUGGCAGUCUAGCUACUCCCCUGCCUCCUUGUGAAGGCUGCUCGAGAAGGCACUCGUCUAGUAUAUAUGUGGCACGGUCCGUUAUGGCAAUCUAUCGUUAUCCUGAUAUCCCUGACCAUCUCCUGGACUUACUCCAGUGUCAUCUUCCUCUCGGGCUGCACUUUGUUUAGUUUAGUCUGCAACUUUCAAGUCAUACGGUUUGAGCAUUACUGCAAGCUCCUUGAAAAGGACUUGGAUGUUUCUGUAUACAUAGAAGAACAUAUUCGUCUCACACAUUACAUGUCCAAGAUCAGCCACAGAUUCGGAAUUUUCUUCGUGUUUGAGCUCUUGGUUGUCACAGCUAGUCUGUUUGUGGCUCUGGUUGAAACCACAGGGAAUCAUGGCCUCAUCAAUAUAAUCAAUGGUGCUGAUUUCGGGGUAACAGCUAUAGUUUAACUAGUUGGACUUGUGAUUUGCCUACACGCAGCUACCAGGGUAUCACAUAGAGCUCAAGGCGUAGUGUCAGUGGAGACAAGAUGGCAUUCUAUGGCUACCUGUGCUUCCAAUGAGACUUCUUCUUCUGCUGCUGCUUCUCAAGUGCAAAUCAGCGGCAAUGGUGACAUCCUGGAACCCUCGGUUCCCCUUUCCUCCGACUUCUUCCACCAUACUUAUUCCGAGAGCGACUUGGAGGCAGUUGACUAUGUCCCGUUCCCUACAAACACAGCACUAUCUACAUAUCAGAAGAGACAAGCUUUCGUAAUGUACCACAUGGCCAACCCAGGCGGAUUCACAGUGUUUGGGUGGAGAAUAGAUCGAGCCCUGGUGAAUACCAUCUUCUUUCUGGAGGUAUCACUGCUAUGUUUGUGCUGGGAAAGACCAUUACUUUCCCUUCCCUGUGACUCAAUUUGGGAUGGUCAAUAGACUUCAAAAAACUCAACAGCAAAAACAAUGUGGAGUUUGUUCGUUUUGUUCUGUCCACCAUUGGGAUGCUUUUUUUUUAUGUUUCAGUGGCGGGACAACUACGUGAUCUUCAUAUUCAAAGCUAAUGAUAUUAUUACUAAAUUAAGUCCUUAUUCGAGAGUAUCAGACUGUUUUUGUGAUGACUGAUACCGAAUAUGAUAUAGUUAUA